AUGGCCGACGAUUACAAGCCUCCAGCUCUCCCCUCCCCAUUCACACAUACCAAGCCGGUCCCCAUCCUCCUUGCCCAGGGCGCUGAAGCUCACGUCUACAAAACUGUUUCUCUCGACCCCUCCAUCCCGGCUGCGCUGAAGAUCCGCCCUUCCAAACCAUACCGGCAUCCAAUUCUCGACCGGAAAUUGACUCGCCAGCGCAUUAUUCAAGAAGCCCGAUGUCUCGUGAAACUUGUCCGCGAAGGCGUCAAAGUCCCUGCAGUCCUAGCACUUGACUGGGAGGGUCAAGGCGGCGAUGAGGCAGGCUGGGGCGGAGCCUGGCUAAUGAUGGAAUGGAUUGAGGGGCCGGUAAUCCGCGUUGUACUUGAAAGGUGGGAGGCAUGGAUGAAGGUGAAUCGCUCAUCUUUGGACCCGACACGGAUUACCCAGGAAGAAGCGCGAGUACGGGGACUGAUUAGGCGCAUGGGAUCUGCCAUUGCUGGGCUACACAAGGCCGGUGUGGUUCACGGAGAUUUGACGACAAGUAAUCUCAUGCUGCGCACAGAAAAAGUUGAGGGGGAGACCCUUUCUAUGGACGGAGAGGUCGUCCUGAUUGACUUUGGGCUUGCGUCGCAAAGUACCCAGGACGAGGAUCGUGCGGUGGAUUUGUAUGUUUUGGAGCGUGCAAUUGGCAGUACACAUCCGCUGUCGGAGCCAUUCUUUGAAGAAUUGCUUAUCGGAUAUAAGGAGGGGAACAAGGGCGCUACUUCUACGCUUCGGAGACUUGAGGAUGUGCGGUUGCGAGGCCGCAAGCGAAGCAUGCUUGGAUAA